GGAAAAAAAAAAAAAUAAAUAAAUUUCUCUUUUCCUAAUCUCUGAUUGGUUUUGAGGUUUCAAAGAUAAAAAAUCAAAAUGGUUGAGUCAUAACGGAAGUAAAUGGCUUCUUUAGUCGGUAGGAUUGAAAUUCUUGUUGAAAAACUUCCUUUUUAGUAUAGUGUUCUUUUUUUCUUUUUCUUUUUUUUCCUUUCCUGAAUGAUGUUGAAGUUGAAAAGCUGAAGAAAGACAAUUUCUUUUCAACUCAUGAAAGUUUCUGAUGAUUUCCCUUAAGGUCCUCCUUUUAAAUGCAUGAGUGGAAAAUUUUAAUUUAGGUGGGAAAAAGCUUUAUUGGAGUUGAAAGAAGAGGUGCUUCUUUUUCUCUGUAGUUUUGUUUCUAUGAUGUUAAUUGUGAAUAGUUAAAAUAUUCUCAGAUACUAGUAGAAUUUGAUCAGUUUGUAAGGGUAAAGUUAGAAUUGAAAGUUUUAUUGUGGGUUGAACUCUGUUUCUUGGUUUCUAGAUUUUCCAUCUGUGUCGUGUCCUCCAUACUUAAGCUUCUUCUUGAAUUAGCCUUGGACUAUGGUCAGCUUGGAUUUUCAAGUUAAAUGUUAUGUGUUUUAUUAAGUGGAUGAUUUAAUCUUCAGGAGAACGAUCCGAGUAACUGGCUUUCGGAGUUAUGGCUGAAGAAGAUGAUUCAUAUUUGUUUGGGAGUAAAAGGAAAAUUCCUCUCUGCGUUUUCUUUAAGGAUGCUAGGCAUGUUUUCAGAUUGGACAAACUUGGUUUAGAAAUAGCACAGAUUGCAUUGCCUGCAGCACUGGCUUUGACUGCUGAUCCGAUUGCUUCUUUAGUUGACACAGCAUUCAUAGGCCAAAUUGGUUCAGUAGAACUUGCUGCUGUAGGGGUUUCUAUUGCUUUGUUCAAUCAAGCAUCGAGGAUUGCAAUAUUCCCGCUUGUCAGUGUCACUACCUCUUUCGUUGCUGAAGAAGAUACUAUUGGAAGUGGCAUCCCUGAAGCAGAGGAGAGUGAAAACAUAGAAGCAGGUUCAACAACAAGAGUUGAAAAUAAAUUACUGAUACCACAAAAGGAUAUGAGUCAGAAUGAAUACAACUCAAAAUCAGUCGGUGAAAGCUUCGAUAUAGAAAUUGUCAAGGAUGCAAGAAGGCAUAUCCCAUCAGCCUCAUCAGCAAUGGUUAUUGGUGGCGCCCUUGGUCUCAUCCAAGCCACAUUCCUCAUAUCUGGAGCAAAGCCUCUGUUGAGCUUUAUGGGGAUUGGUUCUGGGUCACCAAUGCUAACACCUGCUCAGCAGUACUUGACAUUGAGGUCUCUUGGUGCUCCUGCUGUUCUUCUAUCACUGGCCAUGCAAGGGGUUUUCCGUGGAUUUAAAGACACUAAAACACCUUUAUACGCCACUGUGGCAGGAGAUCUAGCAAACAUAAUUUUGGACCCAAUAUUUAUAUUUAUAGCCCGUCUGGGUGUUAGUGGUGCAGCAAUUGCUCAUGUUAUUUCUCAGUACUUAAUUGCGAUUAUACUUUUGUGGAGGUUGAUGGAUAAAGUCUAUCUCAUACCCCCAAGUAUCAAACAUCUUAAAUUUGGUCGAUUUCUCAAAAAUGGUUUCCUAUUAUUAAUGAGGGUCAUAGCUGUGACAUUCUGUGUGACUCUUGCUGCAUCAUUGGCUGCACGCCAGGGAUCGACAUCCAUGGCUGCAUUUCAGGUCUGCUUGCAAGUUUGGUUGGCAACAUCUCUUCUUGCUGAUGGAUUGGCUGUUGCUGGACAGGCAAUACUUGCAAGUGCAUUUGCCAAUAAAGACAUUGACAAGGCUACUGCAACAGCAUCCCGAGUGUUGCAGUUGGGAUUAGUCCUGGGAUUGAUGCUCGCAUUCAUCCUUGGAGUCGGAUUGAAAUAUGGUGCUAAGUUAUUCUCAAAAGAUGUUGAUGUCCUCCAUCACAUUAGCAUAGGCAUUCCGUUUGUUGCAGCUACUCAACCCAUUAAUGCCUUGGCAUUCGUCUUUGACGGUAUCAACUUUGGCGCUUCAGAUUUUGCAUAUUCAGCCUACUCCAUGGUUCUGGUGGCUAUUGUCAGCAUCUUUUGUCUGUUUAUUCUCUCCUCCACUAAUGGGUUCGUUGGAAUCUGGAUUGCCUUGACCAUCUAUAUGAGUCUUAGAACAUUUGCCGGAUUUUGGAGAAUAGGAACAGGAACAGGACCUUGGGACUUCCUCAGGAUCUAAUGUAUACCAUUGGCUAUGAUUUUCUUAUGGAAAAACUCAUUCAAAGUAUACAUGAAUUUUGAAUCCUUUGCUUUGUUGCAUGCUUUAGAUUUGAUUUCUUCUUAGGAUGCAUUAUAGGAAAAUCAUAGAAAGAGAAAAUUUCCAUCCUUGACAAUCAUAGCAAAAUGUACAGUAAGCAAGAUAUCAUAGCCUGCCAUUACAGAUUUAUUAUACAAUUUUGAAGACUGUAAUUCUUCUCAAUGCAUUUUACAACUCAGUAUAUUGAUUUGACCA